GGUCUAAUUCUUAUCACGUGUAUUUCCGUUUAAGAAUUUGAAAAGAAAAAAAAAUGUUUAUAUAGUUCAGGUGACGGUAAAGUUUAACAGCUGUUGUACCCGCGGUUGCCACGUGAUUGGUUUGAUAAAGAUGACAGAUGCGUGGCGUUUAGAUACUUUACCAUCUGACGUUUUGAUUUUAAUUUUCGAUUAUUGUCAUGCAUUUGAUUUGGUACGACUUAGCGAAGUUUGUACACGGUUCCAUGAUAUUAUACAGGAAGACACACUUUGGAUCAAGAAGAGUAAGCUGCCGAUUGUGACGAAUCAAACUUCAAGAAAGUUUCGCGAAAGGUGCAUUUCAUUACUAAGUUUACGUGCAAAAUGGCAUGUUUCAAACAAUUGGCAAUGUGGCAAAUACGAGAAGAAAGCUUUCUUCUCUCAAAAUGCAAAAGUUAUACCGCAUAUUCAAUUAACCAAAGAUAUUUUAUGGUGGAGUGGUGGAAAUCAAUUGUAUGGUUUUAGACGUACUGAAGCAUAUCCACAUAAUAACCGAUUUUUUAUUCAUGAUAAUGUUACGAGUACUAUUUCCAAAUUUAUUGUCAGGAAUGAUUAUAUUAUUACAGGCCAUAGAGAUGGAAGUAUGCGAUUUUGGACAAAGCCACAAAUUAACCGAAACAUAGAUUUUUACUUUAGUAUAGAACAAGCACAUUCUAGAAGUCUAAAUGCAUUGGACGAAACAUUUUCAGCUAUUAUAUCAGGUGCCGGUGAUGGUACCGUGAAGAUUUGGACACCUCUUGGACAAGGGAUCUCAAAUGUACCUUUAGCAACGAUAAAUAUUGCACAGUGGGUAUGCUCUCUUUCAGUUGAUCCAAUGAAUGAAAAGGUUGCCGUAGGUACUGCUGGUAGUUGUGAUAUACCUCAUCUUCAUAUAUUUAAUCUUGGACAUUAUACCAAAUUUGAUACGUUAAAGACAAAUAAAAAAGUACAUGCAGGGACAUUAGAUAUGGUUUGGGAUAGCCCACAAACUUUACUUACCUGUGGAUAUGAUACUUAUAUUCGGAAAUGGGACUUGAGGACUGGAACAUGUGUAUAUUCGUGGCGAGAACCAACAGAUGCAACUUUAUACUGUAUAUCAUCAGACUAUCAGUACACUAUGAUUACUGGAACUAAAUUUAACUGUAAGGCUGUUCUCUGGGAUCAAAGACAAAGAAAUUAUGUACAGAUUUACUUCAUGAAUCUUCGUAGAAUGUCCAGUCCUACUUAUUCUGUCAGCUUUGAUAGUACACAUUUAUAUGGGGCAACAGAUCAACAUUUAGUCGAACUAAACUUCUCAGGAUAUUCGUACAAAAAAUCCAAUUACAAAGAAAUUCUGAGAUAUGAAUACACAGAACCAGUUAUUAGCUGAAACUGUAUCGUGUAAAGUGAACGUGUAAUAUUAAGUACACUAACAUGCAGGAAUAUUUGGACCAGAUUGUUGCAAAUAUAUACUCAUAUUAUUUGCAAAAAUGUUAUUGCAAAAAAAAUACUCUUCAAAGAAAGCUUUUUAAUUUAAUUUUGGCCUCUGAUUUUAUCUCAAACAAUCAUAUAUAGUUAAAAACAAUAAAUAAAUUAUUAAAAUAAUAGUUAAUAUUAAUUACUAUAAAUAAAGGAGCAAAAAUUUUAAGUGGGUUAAAAUUGUAUUUGUUUAAUAUUAAAACAAACAUCAGUUAUGGCAAGAAACAAAAAAUUAACAGUAGAGGAAUAUUAUUCUAUCAUAAUGUCAAAAAUAUAAUAGAAAUAUCAAUAUUUUGAUUGGCUUGUAUCAGAGGUCCAAAUAAUUAUGCACGGCAGUGUAUAUAAAAUAAGAAACACUAUACGACUGAUAUAGAUUAAGAUAUUUUACUAUUUAAAUUAUUGACAAAUUUAAUUGUAAAUUAAAAAGCACAUCACAUUUGCAAUAAUUAUUAACACUUUAUUAUAUCAACAGGCAUUAAUUUCUGCAAAACUCUUUUUCUUUUAAAUGAUCGUUAUAAAAUGUAAAGAAUUUGAUUUAAUGCACGCAUAAUUAUACAAUUCAUUAGUAAAUUCGUCAGGAACAUUUUUUGGUUUUCAACCUGAAGUAUAUAAGAAACCAUCCGCAAUUUAAUAACACUAGGAAAAAAGAACUUGUAAUACGUAAAACUAAAUAUAUUUAUUCAAACUGA